AUCUACGAAGAAGUUAGCCUAUUGAGUCUUUCAAAAUAUACACAAAUAUCACCACACCAAUGCAUCUUAUCUAAUUGAAAACGCACCAUUUAUCCAUGGCCUCUCAGGAUCCAGCAUAAAUUUUAUUGCAGCAACCAGCUUCUCAAGUGAGAACUCCUCAACAAGGAUGGGUGCAGGACCUACUCCUCUGGAAUGCACUCUCUCCCCCAUAAUUUUGUAUUUGUAUGGAUAUUCAAACUAGAAUACUUUUUAUAAUCCGACCACAUGGAGGUUUGUAUCUGUCAAACUGUCAUCGCUAUCUAAAAGGGAAAAGUUUUGUUAAUGCAGCAUCCAGGAGUAAAGAUUCUACUUCUACUGCCCAAACGUUCUUCAUUUAUUGUUUUUGAGUGAGUCUUUGCUUUUGCUCAAGAAAAAGACAAAAAAAGAACCACGGGCUUUUACCGUUUCUAGGUUACUGGUUUUAAAGUAGCAAAACAUAAUUUGCUCAUAUGGAGUCAAGGGCAGAUGCAGAAGUUGUUAACUUUGGAAAAUCUAUCAUAGUUCCUAGUGUUAAGGAGUUGGCCAAGGAGCCCAUCACCAAAAUCCCACAUAGAUAUCUGCGCCCAGAGCAGGAACCUCACUCUGUCCUUGGUGAUGAGCUGCUGCCAUCCGUCCCGAUCAUCGAUCUUCAGAAAUUGGUUGCUGGGGAUUUUGUGGACUCUGAACUGGAAAGGUUACACUCUGCUUGCAAGGACUGGGGAUUCUUCCAGGUAGUAAAUCAUGGCGUUGGCAGUUCAUUGUUGGAGGAAUUCAGGUUGGAGAUUGAGAAUUUCUUCAAUCUUCCUCAUGAAGAGAAGAAGCUCCUGUGGCAACAGCCAGAUAAUCAUGAGGGGUUCGGCCAACUCUUUGUAGUAUCCGAAGAGCAGAAGCUAGACUGGUCAGACAUGUUCUAUAUAACCACAUUGCCACACAAUCUUAGGAAGACCGACUUAUUUGAAAAACUCCCCCUAAAGCUCAGAGAGACCCUGGAAGUAUAUUCUAUGGAAGCCAAAAAUCUGGCUAUGAUAAUUUUAGCUUACAUGGCCAGGGCCUUAGAGAUGGAUGCUGAGGAAAUGAGAGAGCUGUUCACCAAUGGGGUUCAAUCAAUGAGAAUGAAUUACUACCCUCCAUGCCCUGAACCUGAUAUGGCCAUUGGUUUCAGUCCUCAUUCUGAUGCUGAUGCUUUGACAAUUCUCUUUCAACUCAAUGAAACUGAAGGCCUGCAAAUUCGAAAAGAUGGAAAAUGGGUCUCCAUUAAGCCACUUCCUAAUGCUUUUGUAGUUAACAUUGGAGACAUCAUGGAGAUUGUGAGCAAUGGAAUAUAUCGCAGCAUUGAGCAUAGAGCAAUGGUCAACUCAACCAAAGAGAGGCUAUCAGUUGCAACAUUUUAUAGCUCCAAGUUAGACUCGGAAAUAGGUCCUGCACUUAGCCUUAUUGGUCCAAGUAAUCCAACAACUUUUCGGCGAGUUUCUGUGGAGAAGUAUUUCAAGGACUUUUUUGCUCGGCAACUAGAUGGCAAGGCGUACCUUGAUUUCAGGAGAAUAAGACACGGGGAACAAAAUGCAAAUUGAAAACUUGUGCGACUAGCUAAUCAGCAGAAAGUACUUUAUUGUGGAUAGUAGACUGAAAUAAAGGGUAAAAUACAUUCACUUUUUAA